AUUUACACCCGUCGUCGUCGUUCGUCGAUACUCUCCAGAAAAGAAUUUAAUUUUGAACCCUGAAGCAAAAUUUGGCGGGCGAACAAGUGUACUGUACAGCAAUUCAUUUUCUCUGUAAAAGAAUGGAGAACAAGGCGAAGGAUUCUGUUCGUGCGAGGUUGGAGAAACUUCGAAUUGUUCGUGAAAAGGAAAUUCCAUUUCAGCAGCAGAAGAUGGAGUCCUUCGUGAAUUCAUUCUACAAAUCUGUGGAAUCGAUCAAUGUAAGGUCCCGAGCAAAUGCCCUAAGUCAAGGGAAGCUGGGGGAACUAAAAGCGAGGCUGAGGGAGGCAGAAGAUGAACUGGUUAAAGCUCUUGCAGUGAAGACUCGUAAAGAGGCCAAACGCCUCACAAUCAUCGACUCGCUUGCAACUUCAAAAUCUAGAAUAGAAGAGCUCAGGAAUACUUUACAAGACUCCAAAGCAAGAAGGGAUGAAUAUUCUACAAUUAUAUCUCGGCAAUCCUUAGCUUUAUCUUCAUCUGAACGUAAGGAACCCCAAGAGAGUGAGUGCAGAAAGGAAAUACAGGAGGCUAUUUCUUGGUACAAAAGAGUUCUUGAUUUUCAUAUUGAAGGAGGACAUGGGGUGAAGUUCUCUUUCAAGAAAAUAAAUGUAGUCAAUCCCGAUGAAGAAUAUUCUUUUACUAUCCGUCAUGCAAAUGAUACUUAUAUGUUGUUAGAUUGUAACCCAUCCUUACCAGAUAUCAAAGAGUUGAUACAUGAAUUAAAUAAAACAAAUGGUUUAUUCAAGCUCGUCAGGAUCAUGAGACGGAGAUUCCAGGAGGCUGCAGCAAAAGGAGUUGAGGCUCAAGCAUUGUCUCUGCAUCAAGGUUCAAUGAUAAUCCCUAUGUCAGCUCCAGGUUUGUCAUCAUCAACUGAGAGAAGUGAAUCUUCAAGUGAAGAAAUUAACAAGAAGGAUGAACUUGAGGAAACUAACAAACAUACUAAGAAAAUUCUGCCCGGAAAGAAACCAGCUAUCAAAUCAAGUGGAUCUGCAUUUUCAUUGCGUCGAUCUCCUCGUUUUAAGGUCAGAAAAUAAGGUUGGAGGCUACUAAUGAUUGAACAUGUAUUUGAUUGAUGGGGUCCUGAUUUGCAACAUUUGCCAGGCAUAUACUUUGCAAUUAACGUUUAUUAUGGGGCCAUGAUUUCAACAUUUGCCAGAACUUCUCUGACUACUGUGAAGGCUCCAUAUCUGAAAAGUGAAGUUGAAGAAGGCUUGAUCACAUGACCUGGUGUAUGUUCGUUGUAUCUGAUUUGUUUCUGUGUGUAUUAUUUUAUACGAAGUUAUGAUUUUCAUGUAAUGCAUGGGUUGAUUAUCCCAAAAGUACCGAAUGCUAGUAUUUUGUAGUCAUCUGAUGAUCUAUAUGCUAGGUUUCAUAUCAUCGAACUUAACUUAAAGAUUGUGCAGUUUCUAAUUAAUUAAUUGUGAAGGCUUAAGGUGCAAGUUCACUUCU